GAUCAGCUGAGUGUGACUCUCCACUCCCACUCCGAAAAUUUCCGAGACGUGGCGGCGAAUCUUCUCUGAUUUCUCCCGAUUUUGAGAAAAGAAAAUUGCCCGGUAUGGCAGGAGGAACGUACGACUUGGUUGUGUUCGGGGCAACUGGAUACACAGGCCAGUUUGUGGCUGAAGAGGUGGCCAGAAUAGCUGACAAAAAUCCAGAUUUGAAAUUUGCUUAUGCCGGACGCAGCAAAGAAAAGCUUGAGAAGACCUUGAUGAUGGCACGUGCAAACACCAAACUGGAGCUUGCUGACGUGCCCUUGAUCACUGCUGAUGUGAGCGAUGAGGAGUCCCUGCUGAGCAUGGCAAACCAAGCCAAGGUUGUCAUCAACUGCGUAGGACCUUACCGCUUCUAUGGGGAGAAGGUGGUGAAGGCAUGCAUUGAGGGAGGAGCCGACCAUGUGGACAUCAGUGGUGAGCCUCAGUACCUGGAGACCAUGCAGCUGAAGUACGCCAAGGAGGCUGAGGAGAAGGGGGUGCACAUCGUGGGAGCCUGUGGCUUUGAUUCUGUGCCAGCUGACUUGGGCACGCUUUUCUUGCAGGAUUCAUUUGAAGGUGAUGUCAACUCGGUGGAAAUGGUUGUCAGUCUUCACGAUGAGUCAUCCGGAAAUGCGCCAAUCAAUUUUACGACCAUGGAGUGUGCUAUCCAUGGAUUAGCUCACAGCAGCGAGUUGAAGACCAUUCGCAAGGACCUCUUCUCUACCCAACUACCCAAGCCCUGUUUCAAACCUGAGCCAAGGGGUAAGUUGUUCUUCAGUGAAGAGGCCGGACGCUGGUGCCUCCCCAACAUGGCCUCCGACCGCUCCGUCGUCAUGCGGUCGCAGCGAUGCAACUUUGAGCUGGAGAAAAGACGCCCUGUCCAGUUCAGCGCCUUCUUUGGCAUCUCCUCUCUAUCAACAGCCAUAUUUGGCAUUGUGUUCGGGGUCCUCUUCUAUGUGAUGGCUUCCAUCUCCUUUACCAGGUCACUUUUGCUCAAGUAUCCAGAGUUCUUCACCUUUGGCCUGUUCUCCCGAAAGGGCCCCAAACGUGAAGACCUGGUUAACAUGAAGUUCUGCGUGACCCUCACUGGAAAAGGUUGGGAGAAGAAGAUAGAGGACCCAGAACAGCAGCACACUGACCCACCUACUGUUAGCAAGACUGUUACGGUUGUUGGUCCUGAUCCUGGAUAUUUUGGAACAGCCACCAUUGUGAGUCAGUGUGCUCUGACUGUGCUUCAGGAAAAGGACAAGCUUCCCAAAAGUGGUGGUGUGUUUCCACCUGGAGCUGCCUUCGUGAAGACUACCCUGCGCAGUCGCUUGGAGGACAACGGAAUCAGCUUCAAAGUCAAAGAGUAGAGUCCGCUGAGGUUUCAUGGGAGAUUAGAAGGGAGAACUAUAACCAAAUUUCAUAUGGCCUUAUUAAUGCAUAAAUUCCAAAGAUAUAUUUAGAUCGUGUAGUGUGGAAGUACUUGGUUUUGAGGUGUGGAUAAUCUGUGGAGGUUAGGAUUUCCUGUCAGAUUAUGUAAUCAUUGAAAAAGCAAUAUGAGGUAUACUAGUUACCUUUUUUUCCCGUUUUUUAUUUAUUUACUUUUUUUUUCUUUUCCUUCUUUUGGCUUCGAAGGUAGUCAGUCAUAAUGGAUGUUUGAUUUUUUUUUUGAAUUUUGAAUUUUGAUAGCAUGACAUGUUUAAAGUUUAUUUCUCAAGUAGUUGACCUGGAAGUGUUUUUUCUCAGCAUACUUUGCUUGCUUUACUAGCAGUCACUAUGUCAGUUAUUUUCUAUACACAUUUCUUUGUUAAUUUUCUUACUUAUUCCCUCUUUUUCCUUCUUUUUUCAAAUGAAAUGGUAAUGUGAUAUGGAAUAUUUAUGAGUGAAAGUUGUCUAAUAUUUUUUUAUUGCAAAUAUCAUUGUCCUAAUAAAAGAUAGAUGAUAUGUGGGUAUGAGGAUAUAUUUUCUAUAUCAACAUUGUGUAAUAGGUAUGGUGAU